AUGCCAGGUCGCGCCGGCCGCAACCGCGCUCGCGAUCCCUUCAACUACUGGAACAACACCGCUCCCACGAAACCCGAAGCACAAGCACUAGCUGCACGCCUAGGCUUGGACUUCCCUUCCAAUUCUCCACAUGGCUAUCAGUGUGGUUUGGUAUAUCCUAUACGACGCCUCAUCGUCACGGGUGAAGACUCGCCUGAAAAUUACGCGAUAUUGCUGGGACCCUUGUGGGAGACCAAAGCGAUGAACAUCAUCAAGGAGACCCGUAUCGAGGUUCUGAAAUGUCCACCUGUUGGUUCGCCUAGCUAUAAAGUCGCGGGGUAUGUUGAUCAGGGCGCGCCGAGGUGGACUCCUAAGCCGCUAUAUGCGACCGCUAACGCAGUGAUCUCCGUAGCUCCAACGCCCGAGGAAGAAGCACAGCUCGCCGAAGUCCGCUCGAUGUCAGAUGUCAUCAAUCAGCACAUGGGCGAAAAGAAAAACGUUCAGAAUAGUGAUGUUAAGGAUAUGUUGACAUCGAUGGGUUCCGACUGGGGAAAGAAUCUGGGUGCUUUUCAGAGCGCUAUGAACGCGCGGAAUCAGGGUGUUUAG